AACAAAGAAAAAAACAGUGAUAAUAAAUAAACAUAAAUAUAUUUAAAAUAAAUUAAUUUUUAUAUAUUUUAUUUAAUAAAUUAAUUAUUCAAUAAUAAAAACAAUGACUAGUGGCCGUUUUCAUUUAAAUGGCGAAGCUAGUGAUCCAGAACAAAAUACAGCCUCAACAUCUGCCGCCGCAGCAGCUGCGGCAGCAACAACAAAUACAACAGGUGGUGUAGCAAGCGCUACGGCUGGCGGAACAACAGAAAUAAGAGAAAACGAAAAAAUCAGAACAUUUGUUUUCACGAGUAGAGGCAACGCUUCAAACCUACCCAGAAACGAUAGAACACAUCCAGCGGCAGCAACAGAACCCCUGGAAGAGUUAGAAAUUAAAAUACCAGAGCUUUUACAAAGUGGCUAUUCCUUUUACACGUGGCCUUGUGCUCCUAUUUUAGCCUGGUUUUUGUGGGAACGUCGCCACUCUUUGGUAGGCAAACGUGUUUUAGAACUAGGAGCUGGUACUGCUUUACCUGGCAUUUUAGCGGCAAAGUGUGGUGCCCAAGUGGUUUUGACCGAUAAUUGUAUAUUGCCCAAAUCAUUGAAUCAUAUACGCCGUUCCUGUGCGGUUAAUAAUUUAACACCCGGACAAGAUAUCGAAGUGAAAGGUUUAAGUUGGGGUCUUUUACUAAACAGUGUAUUUUCUUUGGGUCCCUUGGAUUUGAUUAUUGCUGCUGAUUGUUUCUACGAUCCUAGUGUAUUUGAAGAUAUCAUUGUGACAGUAUCAUUUCUAUUAGAUCGUAAUCCUACGGCGAAAUUUAUUUUCACCUACCAAGAACGCAGUGCGGAUUGGUCCAUAGAAGCCUUACUCAAGAAGUGGAAACUUUGUGCAUUACAAAUCAAUAGCGACGAUAUUGGCAAAGCGUCAGGUGUGGAUUUAUUAGAAAUUUUAGCAGGCCACACUAUACAUUUAAUAGAAAUAACUAAAGAAACCUAA